ACCUGGGCUCCGGGCGCGGAGUUGAGUAGGAUGGUGGUGCCCAGACGCGGGGCUGGCUUGCUGCUGCCGCUGCUCCACUCUCUCCUCCUCCUGCUGGCCGGGGCGAAGCCGAGCCGGGACCCCGCCGCUGCCACCAGCUGCCGGCUCCAGAGGAAACAAAGUGAGCUGAACUCCUUCCUGUGGACUAUAAAGAGCGAUCCACCAUCUUACUUUUUUGGCACGAUUCAUGUCCCGUAUACCCGGGUCUGGGAUUUUAUCCCUGAGAAUUCCAAGAAAGCUUUCCAGCAAAGCCAUAUUGUCUACUUUGAGCUGGAUCUCACAGAUCCUUACACGAUCUCUGCCCUAACCAGUUGCCAGCUCCUGCCGCAAGGUGAGAACCUUCAGGACGUGCUCCCCAGGGACCUCUAUCGUCGGCUCAAGCGCCAUUUGGAAUAUGUCAAGCUCAUGAUGCCAUCUUGGAUGACUCCGGACCAACGGGGCAAAGGACUGUACGCUGACUAUCUCUUCAACGCUAUUGCAGGCAACUGGGAGAGGAAAAGACCUGUGUGGGUCAUGCUGAUGGUGAACUCUCUGACAGAGGUGGACAUUAAAUCCCGUGGUGUGCCUGUCUUGGAUCUCUACCUUGCCCAGGAAGCCGAACGUCUCCGUAAACAGACUGGGGCAGUAGAAAAAGUAGAGGAACAGUGCCAUCCAUUGAAUGGUCUGAAUUUCUCUCAGGUGAUCUUUGCUUUGAAUCAGACUCUCUUGCAGCAAGAGAAUCUCCGCGCAGGCAGCCUUCAGAUCCCUUACACGACGGAGGACCUUAUCAAGCAUUACAACUGUGGAGACCUCAACUCCAUCAUCUUCAAUCACGACACAUCCCAAGUCCCAAAUUUCAUCAAUGCCACUCUACCUCCUCACGAGCGCAUCACCGCACAGGAAAUCGACAGCUACUUUCGGCAGGAGCUUAUCUACAAGCGCAACGAGAGAAUGGGCAAAAGAGUUAAAGAUCUGUUGGCAGAGUAUCCUGACAAAAGCUUCUUCUUUGCGUUUGGAGCUGGUCAUUUCAUAGGCAACAACACGGUGAUUGAUGUUUUGAGGAGAGAAGGGUAUGAAGUAGAACACACCCCUGCUGGUCAAGCUGUCAACAGUGGGAAGAAUCAAAAGGCGCUGUCGGCCCUCUCUUCGUCUUCCCCAGAAUAUGCUUCCUACGUCAUCUCCCAGGAGCUCCACCCUCCCCAGCAGCAUCCGCAGAAAGAGGAGGAGGAGGAAGAGUUGCUGCCUCACUUGCUGCUCCCGGAAAGUAUUGACUUGCUGGAGAAAGUGGACAGGAAGUACAAGAAAAAGAAGAAGAAACAGCAGCAGAAAAAACAGCGCUUGCGCCAGUUCAAUGACCUCUGGGUACGCAUCGAGGAAAGUACUACCGAUCCACCUCCUCGAAUCCGAAUAAUUAAUGGCUACAUUACCGUAGAGCCCCAGCCAAGGGGACACGGGCGUUCCAGUCACAUCCAGACAGAUACCAGCUGCUCCAGUGGUCUGUUUCCGCCCCUCCCCACUUUGACAUUGACUUUGGUGCUGGCUAUCUUGGUGAUAGUGGUUCCGGAGCUUAUCUUCCAAGCAGAACUUCACAUUCCUUGAUGAAAGGAUGCUAAGAGGAAAACGAGGACUUUUG